AUGGAUUCACACACCUGGAAAGCCUUCCAGAAUGAACUCACCUGCCCCAUCUGCAUGAAUUACUUUCUAGACCCCAUCACCAUAGCCUGUGGGCACAACUUUUGCCGACCCUGCCUCUACCUCUGCUGGGAGGAGUACCCGAUGCGCUGCCCUCAGUGCAGGGAAAUAUCACAGGAGGCAGAAUUCAAAACCAAUUUUCUAGUCAAGAAGCUGAUUUCCCUUGCCAGGCAGGUCAGACCUCAGCAGAUCCAUAUUUCAGAAGAGCAGGUCUGUGGGGGAAUACGUGGAGUGAAGGGGCUCCUCUGUGAGGCCAACAAGACUUUGCUCUGUGGGUCCUGCUCCAAGGCACCAGAGCACUUGACACACAGCCAAUGUCCAGUAGAAUGGGCUGCUCAGCCAUGCAGGGAGGAACUUGUGAAAAAAAUGGACUCUUUAUGGACAAUGACUAAGGAAAUGCAAAACCAUCUAAAUGAGCAAACUGGCAAAACUCACUCAUUCAUGAAUAAUGUGGCUUUAAGGAAAGUGAUGAUUAGGCAGCACUAUCAGAAGAUGCAUCUGUUUCUCCAAGAGGAGGAAAAACUUCAUCUCAAGUUAGUGGACAGGGAAGCAGAAGAGAUUUUCCAACAACUCCAAGACAGUGAAGUGAGAAUGACCCAACAGAAAGAAAGCCUGAGACACAUAUACAGAGAGCUGACUGAGACAUGUCACAAGCCUGACCUGGAGCUGCUACAGGACUUGAGGAACAUAUUGGAAAGGACUGAGUUGUUGCAGAUGCUAAAGACCCAGCCAGUGAGUCCAGAGCUCACAUCUUGGGGCAUCACUGGAAUCCGAGACAUGCUCAACAACUUCAGAGUGGAGGAUCCUCUGAGUGUGGAAAUGACCAGUUGCUAUAUCAGACUUACUGAGGACAUGAGAAGCAUCCUAUUCGGAGAUAAGGAUCAUGAUGCCCCCUGGGAGGCCUGGACAGCCCAGACCCUUGCUGUAUGUGGAGCUCAGGCCUUCACCUCUGGCAAGCAUUACUGGGAAGUAGACGUGACACACUCUUCCAGCUGGAUUCUAGGCGUCUGCAAGGAUUCUGGGCCACAAGACCCCAAUAUUAUUGUUGAUCCCAAGGAUGCAUUUUUGCUCUUUUCUUUCAAGAAGAACAAUGAUUACAGUCUUGCCUCUAACUCCCCACCCUUAAUUCAUUAUGUGCAAAGGCCCUUGAGUAGAGUUGGGGUGUUUGUGGAGUAUGACAGUGGAACAGUGAGCUUUUAUGAUGUUUAUAAAGCGUCCCUUAUAUAUAGUUUCCUCCCUUCCCCCUUCUCUUACCCUCUGAGGCCUUUCCUUUAUCUAUGCUACACAUGA